AUGACUGCUGGCCUAGAGAAAGCCUGCCACCGCUGCAUAUCUAAAAUCGCCAGCAAUGCAUGCUUCAUAUUUGGGCUCCUUGCUUUCCUUGCCUUACCACUGUCCAUGACUUUUAUAGGAAUGAAGUUUUUGGAAGAUUGCCCAGUUCAGCCACUAAUUCCAUUAUAUCUGUUGGUGGGUGGUGUGACUGGCAGCUUAAAGGUGACUCUCCUGCUGUACGACUCAACCAGGAUGAGGCAGCUGCUUUCCAAGUCUGUUGUGAUUGAUGAUGAUGAUGACGAUGAGUAUCCCUGGAGGCAGAAUGCUCACAAGUACUACAUCCAUCUAACCCUCAGCCUUUUCCUCUUUCUCUGGUUUAUUCUUGGGAACUACUGGGUUUUUUCUGUGUACCUGCCAAAUUUUAUCCCACCUUUCCAUCAGCCUCAGGAUUACUGUGACAAAACGCUGUACAUUUUUGCUGUUGGUGUUCUCAUUAUUAGCCAUACUGUUCUCUUUCUCCUUGUCUUUUGUAGCUGUUGCAUAUAUUGUUUUUCCAGGCAAAGGCACUCUUCUGAGGAAGACUAA